GAACUUUUGUUUACAAACCGGACAGUCACGGUGACUCGGGGAGCGGUGGGGCUGGAGAGGUGGGGUUUCGUGACAACGGCCGUUCUUUGAUGGGCGUGGAAACGUUAUUCAUUAAAAGGGUUCUGCAAAUUGUACAACUGAUCAUUUGAGGAUGGCUGAUGUUCCUGAAAAUGCUCCUGAACACUGCCCGGGCACCGAGAGCGAAGAUGCCGGCAAAGCCUCCUCCUGCGCUGGCUGUCCCAACCAGCAGAUCUGCGCCUCGGGGCAGGCGCGCGCUCCAGACCCGGACCUUGGCAAGAUUGAGGAGAGACUGUCCUGCGUCAAGCAUAAGAUCCUCGUUCUGUCUGGAAAGGGCGGAGUGGGCAAGUCAACAGUGUCCUCCAUGCUCAGCAAGACGCUCUCCAUGGACCAGAACAAGAACGUGGCGCUGCUGGACAUCGACAUAUGUGGCCCGUCGGUGCCUCGUAUCAUGGGGCUGGAGGGGGAGAACGUCCACCAUUCCGGCUCCGGCUGGUCGCCCGUCUUCGUCAAGGAUAACCUGGCAGUGAUGUCGGUCGGCUUCCUGCUGGCCUCGCCCGACGACGCCGUCAUCUGGCGCGGACCCAAGAAGAACGGACUCAUCAAGCAGUUCUUGCGCGACGUGGACUGGGGCGACACCGACUACCUGAUCGUGGACACGCCGCCGGGCACCUCUGACGAGCACCUCUCCGUCGUGCAGUACCUCAAGACCAGUGGCAUAGAUGGCGCUGUGAUCGUCACUACGCCUCAGGAAGUGGCUCUGCUGGACGUGCGGAAAGAAAUCACCUUCUGCAGGAAGGUCGGCGUUCCCAUCCUGGGAGUGGUUGAAAACAUGGCCGCUUUCGCCUGCCCAAAAUGCCAGACGACCACGCGUAUCUUCCCGCCAAGCACUGGCGGCGCGGAACAGAUGGCUCGCGACAUGCACGUGCCUUUCCUCGGCUCGAUCCCGCUUGAUCCCAGGGUGGCGCGCAGCUGUGACGAGGGUUUGGACCUCUCGGCCGACCUGGACGUCACCACUCGACUCUACGUCAACAUCGCCUCCCGGAUAAUGGAUGCCUGUGAAGAGAAGAACAAAGAGAAUGUUGUAAUGGAUACAGCGUAGCCAACGGUGGGUUGAAUCACGCGCUUGAUGCCUACUGUUUGUACAUCUACAUCCAACUGGCACACGGGUAGUGUGUACCUGUGUCUAAGUGUAGUACAUAGAGUACACACAAGGGCAUGUUAGGCCCAACACUUUAAGGGACCGUGAGGUAAUGCAACUUCAGCGAUUGUAACCCAAACAUGUAGUUACUCAUGAUGGAUAAUCAUAUCGAUGACAAAAUAUAUCGUCAUUGACUUUGUAA